AUGAUAAAACAAAAGAGGUCUUACACGCAUGCCAACCAUGAAGGAGAAAUAAGCAACAAUAGUGAGGAGGAAAAUACAUUUAAAAGACCACGAAAUGAGAGUGCUAGUAGCAACAGGUCAUUCGGAAGUUAUAAUGAUGAUGAUAAUGGUAAUUAUAACGAUAGCUAUAACGAUGGCUAUAACGAUAACUAUAACGAUGGAUAUAACGACAAGUAUAACGACAAUGAUGAUAGAAUAAAUUAUUCUGGUAGUAGUGGGAUAACUACAGAAAUGAGAAUCCCCUACUGCCUUCUCUUACCAAAUAGGGCCAUCGGAUUUGUUAUUGGAAAAUCGGGAAAUAAUGUCCGUGAAAUUGAAAAAGCUUGCGGGGCUAUCAUAAAAUGUCAAAAAGAAUUUGAUGUAUCAGUUUACCCACCCCCAACUGAAAAAAUACUUACCAUUUUUGGAAAAAAAGAAAAUAAAAAAAAAGCAUUAGAAUUAGUUUUAGAAAAAUCAAAAAAUGUUAUGGAUUUUCAUGAAGAAGAUGGAAAAGAAUCGAUUGUUAUAAUUGUACCUACUAGAUCCAUACCAAUCAUUAUCGGGCAGAAGGGAUCUAAAAUUGCUGCUCUAUCUGAAAAAUCACAAUGUGAAAUUAACGUUCAUAAGGAUGAUGUUCCAGGAAUUAAAGAUAAGGCUAUAUUUAUUAAAUCAAAAAAAAUUGGAAAAAUUAUUGAUUGUAUAGGUAUCAUUUAUGAUCUACUAGAGGAUAUUGUUGAAAAUGGUAUUCUUUCCAUGUAUGAAUUUCCAGGCGUUUCAAAAAAUGGUUCCAAUGGCCCAUCUGGUACUGUAGGUUAUAAUCCCUUAGUAGAUGCACCUGGUGGAAACACUGGAGGAGCAGGAGGAGGUUCUAUGAACAACAGUAAUGUUCCAAUUAGUGCAACAGGAAAUAUGAACAACAACAUGAUGAAUAAUCACAACGGUGGUAGUGGUAGUGGUGGACCUAACAAUCACUACGGUCCCACGAAUAACCAUUUCCACAGUGGAGGGAAAUACAUGAAAAGAAAUGAUAAUUCGUAUGAAAAUAUAGGCAGUGAUGAUUAUGACAACUUCUCGGUUCCGAAAGAAAAGAAUUUGCUAUUGCACAAAUUUGGAAAAGAAAUUAGCGCUUGUGUUAUUCGUUUUGUUUUAGAUGUGGAAACUACGGCUUGGAUUAUAGGAAAGUCUGGAUGUCAUAUAAAAGAGAUAAGAACCAUAACAGGAGCAGGUGCAGUAAUAGUGGAUGCACCUGAUAACAUUGAAAAUGUAAAAACAUGUGAUCGUAUUUUAACCCUAUCCGGGUCGGCGGAAAAUAAGUUUAAUGCACUAAAAUUAAUUGUAAGACAAAUGGAAGAAAGAGAAAAAAACAUUAAUCAUCCAAUGCGUAUGUUAGUUCCAGGUAAGGCAGCUAGCUUUUUAAUAGGUAGAAAAGGAUCAAUUAUAAAAUAUAUAACUGAAAUGUCAGGUUCUCAAAUUCAAGUAGCGAAAAAUAAAGAAAGUGAAAAUGAAAAGCUAGUCUUAAUUAGCGGUUCACCAGAUUCCAAAAUUUUAGCCUCUAUCUUGGUUCUACAAAAAUUAGAAGAAUACGAAAACCCGGCCAUAGCAAGGGAAGGGUUAUUAAUUCCCCUAAAUGAUACUUAUUUUAACCCAAAUAAUAGUAAAUAUACAAAUAAUAAAAAAGGAAAUAACAACAACAGUAAUGGUAAUAACUAUAAUAAUAAUAAUAACAACAGUAACAAUAAUGCAUUACCCAAUAAAUCUCUGAAUAACAAUCAUCAAAUUGGUAUGAACGUCAACGAUCGUUACUUCUCUUCAAACUCUAUGACAAAUAAUAACUAUGGUAGUUCGGCACAUAAUGGUAACACUGGUUUUAAUUCAACCAACAACCGUCUUGAUAGUCGCUCGAACAUCCACCCAAAUCAGCAUUCUAAUAAUCUUACCAAUAAUCGGUAUGUAAACAAUAAAGAGGAUGGUAUCCAUGUUCCUAUGAAUAAUUACCCAUACGAUGACAUUAACAUACCUAAUAAUAAUAAUAGCACCAAUAACAAUCAUUCAAACAUGAAUAAUCAACAACUUAGUUCACUUAAAAAUCCAAAUGACAUGAAAGAUAAAAUAGAGAAAAUGUUCUUACAACAAAUAUAUAAAUCUUUUCCCAUUUCUUCACUACCCAAAAUAUUAUCUAUCACACAACCAUACACCAUUGAAUUAAACAUGCCUGAUGUAUAUUUGGAAACAUUUGAUUCACAAAAUAAAAAUGGAAAAUCAUUAAUAGAAGAAAUUAUUGAAAAGUCUGGUUGUAAUAUAUCUAUAUGUACAGAUUCUAACGAUUCUUCUUCUUACACCUUUAUUCUCUCCAUAACGGGUUCACCCCUUGCCAAUUCUAUUGCCAUUCUUAUGAUUCAGGCCAAAAUAUUUCAAUUCGAUUGGUUUUGA